AAGGAAGCAACCAACCAACCAAGUCGCCCCCACCCCCCACCCCCACCCACCCCGGACCUGGUUUACGGCUCCGGGCUCAGGCUCCAGUGCGGCCGCUGAUUGGCUGCUGAAGGCUUGGUCCCAUCCCAGUGACCCCAAAGUGCUGGAGGGAGGGGGCGGGGGUGGCCCAGUGCAAAGUGCAUCCCGAAAGCCCCCUGCCUGGAGCCCCUGCGGCUGGCACUUCGGACCCUGUAUGACCCGGGACCUCGCUGCCCCGAGACCUCUCGUGUGCCCCGGUAGCUGGGAGCCUCCGGCCCGGAGCGCGGCAGCCCCCUGCUCCGAGCCCUCAGACCGGGACUGCCCCCCCCCACCCGAGCCGGGACUUCCUCCCUGCACCCCUGCCCCGAGGCUGCCCGGCGGUCAGGACCGUCGCCCCCAUUCUGCUCGGCUGUCUGGAUGCUCGGCGGGCUGGGGCCGUGAGGCACCAAGAAGGAUCAGGAACACCCGUGUCCGGCCCUGCCUGGGAUGUUUGUUCAAUGGAGAAGUUGGUGAGUGUGGAGAAGGCUGAAAGGAGGAAGAGAAGCAGCAGCUGAGGAGACAGGUUUGAGCUGGCUAGAGGAGACGAGAGAGCAGGAAGGGUCAAGCCACCCACCAGAGAAGCAGCAGAGAGCCUCUGACCAGCAUCCUGUAUAAAGGUUAAGAAAGCUCAAUCACACUGCAAUCUGGACACACUCUGAGCCUUCUCCUCACAAUGCUGUAUGUGCACAAUGGUUAUUAGGCAAUCCACGUAUCAGAAGAAGGGACAUUCUUCCACAAGGCUGUUCCCUGUGACCUAAUGAAUCCUUGGUAAAAAGUGGACUCAGCUAGGAUGUUACACCACCAUUGUCGAAGGAACCCUGAACUCCAGGAAGAAUUGCAGAUUCAGGCUGCAGUGGCUGCCGGGGAUGUUCACACAGUACGAAAGAUGUUAGAACAAGGCUAUUCUCCAAAUGGCCGGGAUGCUAAUGGCUGGACCCUUCUUCAUUUCUCUGCAGCAAGAGGGAAGGAAAGAUGUGUUCGAGUAUUUCUAGAACAUGGAGCUGAUCCUACAGUUAAGGACUUGAUUGGAGGCUUCACUGCUCUUCAUUACGCAGCUAUGCAUGGCCGGGCCCGGAUCGCACGCCUGAUGUUAGAGUCUGAAUACAGGAGCGACAUUAUUAAUGCCAAAAGUAAUGACGGUUGGACUCCCCUCCAUGUGGCUGCUCACUAUGGGAGGGACUCUUUUGUCCGACUUCUACUGGAGUUCAAGGCGGAGGUCGACCCGCUCAGUGAUAAAGGCACAACACCACUUCAGCUCGCUAUCAUCCGAGAGAGGUCAAGCUGCGUGAAGAUCCUCCUGGACCACAAUGCCAACAUUGACAUCCAGAACGGUUUCCUGCUGCGAUACGCUGUGAUCAAAAGCAAUCACUCUUAUUGCCGAAUGUUCCUUCAGAGAGGAGCAGACACAAACUUGGGUCGCUUAGAAGAUGGACAGACUCCUUUACAUUUGUCUGCCCUUAGGGAUGAUGUGCUUUGUGCACGGAUGUUAUAUAAUUAUGGAGCGGACACAAACACAAGGAACUAUGAAGGACAGACCCCAUUGGCUGUUUCAAUAAGUAUUUCUGGAAGUAGUCGACCAUGUUUGGAUUUCUUACAAGAAGUCACAACUUGGUGGACUCUUCUGUAGUCUGCAUAUGGAGACCCAAGGAGGGAUGGGGGGCGCUGCCCUUUCCCAUCAGCCUCAGAGCUGCUGAGUUACAGCACAGAGUGCUUCUGGGGAGCAAGACUGUUGAGUUACAGAGAAAACUCACAGGUACCUUUAAAAUUAGGGGCACAUGGAAAGAGUUAUGGGGUUGCCUCUUCGUAUUUGAGAUCUCCUGCUACACGUAGAGUGGAGCUGUGUACCUGGUAGGCCCUCAGGAAAUGUGGGUCAGCUGGUUGACUGGUGGUUGGUGGCCGAGCAAACUUGGUAUGCUUUUCAGAAGUGAAGGGCCAUCAACCUUUUGAAGGCUACGGUAUCGUUGUGUUCAGGUGCCUCAACAUAGUCCAUUCCUUGUUGACUCUCCAGUGAUGUUUCCUGCCAAAACCAAAGUUAACGUUUCUGCUUGACCUGUGCAUCAUUUAUUAGAUUUUCUUUUCCUAGUGAGUAAUUAUCUGUUAGAAGAACCAACUGUAACUGAUGCUUUUUGGAGCUCUCUACUGAGCUCUCUUGAAAGCCAGAGUGAAGGAAGGUCGGAUAGUUCAGGGAGCACUAAGUCAAAUCUGCAAGCUCCUUCUGGCCUCCACAACACCAUUGAGCACCAGGCACCGAGCUGUUGGCUUCUAAUCUGAGACCCCUGAGGUAUAAGGAUGGCAGAAACGCCACUUGGUGGUCUUUAUUCAAGUCUCUUCUACUGUUCAUUGCACCAUUGUGACUAGAAGCAGUUUAUUUAAGUUAGAAGAGCUCAAGACAGUUAUAAUCCUAUGGAAUCUAAAAGCUACUGUGGCUUUUUAGAAAAAUUGCUAUAAAAACUCUGAUACAAACCGCAUAGAAACAGAACAGGUCGAGUGGCUUAGGUAUAAACUAGUAUCUGCUGGUGCCUUGUUGACUGUGGGUAGAGGCAGAAACCAUGAAGAACUGCUGGUACUGUUCACCUGCAACCAGACUUCCAGAAACUUCUGUUUCCUAGAAUGGCUGGAACUCGACAUGGUCUCCUCCAGAAAACCAGUCAAGUGAAGGAGCGGCUUCUUUGUGCCCUGGAGCAAGAAUGUGGAUCACUUUGCAGGAGGAAAGAUGUUUCCAGCUUAGAGAAGCCAGUUUCUGUUCUUUUAGUUCUUUUACUUGGAAGAAAAAACGAGAAAGUGAACAACGGAACAAUGCAGGUGUGACUGAUCACAGGUAGAAAUGGUAGUGGAGACAGUUUGCAGCAGACACCCAUUUGUUGGUAGGGAGAGGUCCAUUUAGGGCUGAGUCCCUGGAUGAGGAGUUAAACAGCCCCUUGCACCAAAGCCACGGCUCGGGUGAGGCAACUAGGGUGCGGGUGCCUAGGGCACAAAAUUUAAGGAAAAACUCAUUCUCAGGAUCAUGCAAAUGAACACAGGUAAUUAAAGGAGAAUAAUUUGCACAUAGCGUCAAACACCAUUACGGAGCAAAGAGGAUCCUGGAAGCUCUGGUCUAUGGAAAUGGGCUCAAAUUCUCCAGCCUGAGGGAAGAGCAGAACAUUGUAGGAAUGUUUGCCCAAUUCAUAAAAGAAAGUAAACAUUUAUGAAUAAAAAAAGGGCAAGCACAAGAAAAUGUUAAAACAGGUACAGUAUUAAACGUGGAUAAAGACUAUUUCAUCAGUAAAGUCUACCUUGAGGAUAUGGUUAAAUAAUAACCAAACUCAGCCUGAGCUAUUCGAUUGUAAUCCAGUGCCCUUUUACCCCUUAUCAUCUCCCUGUGCCAUAAUGUAAAUUCCCCUCCCUACUCAACAUACCUACUGACCAAGGAGUUACUCGGAAUGUAAAAUCUUUGAAGAGAGAGGAAUUCCACAGGAAAGCUGAACCUCAGGCAUUGACCAGCAAGAACUUUUAAACUUAUGGGGGGACAAAAGGGAUUUUAAUUACCUGCAUGCCUGGAAUUUUGUUCGGAGAGAAGUAGUGAGGAACUUAGUUUCAGGGGAAAGCCUACUUCUUCAUGCUCAGGCACAGAUCACACAUGUGGUCGCCAUGGACUUUCUUCAGCCAGCCACCUCUGCAGGAGAAGGCCUCAGGACUGAACAGAACUGGUACCUGCAGCUCCUUGUGCACAAGGGUGUGGAAAUUGGAAGAAGGUUUUAGAGAACAGAGUCAAGUCAGAGUAGAGAGGGCAGUAAACAAGAUGGCUCCCUGCUGGAGAGCGCCACUUGAACAAGAUGACUCCUUGCUGGAGAGCGCCCCCUGAGAGGAGGCUGCCUCCAUGUCUGAUGGGCUGGACUGUUUGAAGAACAGGUGCCGUGUUGUGCUGCCUGCCGAGGAAAUCCUUCAAUUGUAAGGCUUACCCUUUCUGCACAAGAAGGAAAUGUUCCGAAGGCAAAGUGGAAUCAAAGACUUGUGCAAGCAGCAAGGUCAAGAGCUAUUGGAGAGGUUGCGCUUGUCACCCAUUCCUUACUUUGCCAGUGACAUCCACGUCUAUACUUAACUGUGUGGAAUCUACCUCUGCAGAGCUGCUAUUUCAUUAAGGCAUUAGAGAGGCAAGAUUUUACCACCACCAUCAAAUAUUUUCGUUAGUUUUAAAAGAGCAAUCAUAGUUAAAUUGCCUGUCUGAUAAUUCCAGCAUCUGUGUCAUAGCUGAGUCUCCUCUGAUGCUUGGCUUUGUCUCUUCCGACUGUUGUUUUUUCUGGCCUUUUAGCCUGUCUUGUAAUUUUUUAUUGAAGCCAGGCAUGAUGGAUCAGGUAACAGGAACUGAGGUAAAUAGGCCUUUAAAUGUCAGGUUCUGUGUUAACCUGGUGAGGAGCUGGGCUGUGUGCUGUGUCUGCCAAGGCUGUAGGUGCCGGAGGCUUCAAACUCCCGCGUCCUGGCUUUUGUCUCCCCUCUUGACUUUGGGCUUCUCGGAAGUGUUGGCGUCUCGCGGCUCUUUCACAUGCACCUGUAGUCCACUGUCCUCACACCGGACCCCUGUUGCUGUGGAGGCAGGGUGUGGGCAGGCUAGCAGUCUACAGUCUACAGAUGAAGAUCUCAGUGUAUCCAGGGGCCUGUGUCCCUGGGCUGUGGCCUUCAUAAGCGUUUCUUAGUUUGCCCCCUCACGCCCCCGCAUCUUUCUCCUCCUCAACACGUACACCCCUUGGUGAGACCGAAAGCCUGUUGGGGGCUGAAGUCAGAGAAAUGUUCUUUCUCCAGGUGGGAUAAGACUCUGGUAAUGUGUUUCCUUGUAGAGAACAGGCCUUUGUUAUGGAGAAGGUUCUGGGCAUAGGUCAUAUGGUUAUUCUUGCCCUCCCUUGCUAGAACCACAAAGGGGUUUUUAUCAGCUAUUCACUGUGAGAACCUGGUGGGGCUCCUGAGUAAAACUGAGAGAACAGGUGGGGGCUCUCACUGUCAGGCCAGUCCACACACAGCCUCAGGUAAUUCAUCAAAAUUAUCAUUUAAGUGUUUCUGCCAGUUCAGGGCUCUGACGUCUUCUGCACCAGGCACACACAUCUCCGCAGUGACUCUCUGGAUUUGUUCCUCUCUCCUGAUUCUGUGAUGGACGUUUGCCCUGGGAGGUCUGUUCACGGGUGGGCUGGUCCAAGGGAAGUCAUUGAUUUUGAGCUUGUUCAGCUUUUCCUUCUUACGAGGAUGGGAGUGAUGACUUCCAAGCUCUUGACAUGUUUGGGAGCUGAAACUGGAAGUCUGUUCAUUAGUUUUAUCAUUGUUACUUACAAUGUGGAAACUAUCCUGUCCGUGGUCAUUUGGGCUGAGUGGUGAUCUGCCCACUGGAAUUGAGAGGCACAUCUCUCCCAUUUACCAUUCUGAAGACCUCUCAGCUCUGCCUGUGUCAGAGGUGCUAUUAAAUUAGGUGUAUCUAAUGGUGGAGAGAGGGGCUAAUGGUUCUUGACCCUGUGUCUGACUUGACUAAAAACACUUGGGCAAGCCGCUGGGCCUCCCCACUCCCCCUGGUUCUCAGUGCCCCACCUCUGAACCAUGGGGGGAUCAGACCAUAGUCUCUGGGGUCUCUCCCUUCUUAAAAUUCUUGCCAGUAACCACUCUUAAAGGGGAUGGUUUCCUGCUGCUUGAGAUUUUAUUUUACAAUUUAUGUGCAACAGUGCAGACUCCCCGGGGGUCCUCGAGACCGUUUUAGGUGCCCAUGCAGGCAAAACAGAUUUCCUAGCAAUGCUAUGUGAUUUGCCUCUUUCACUGCACUGACAUUUGACCGGGUGUGAAUGCAACAGUAGGCGAACCUGCUGGCUCCUCAGGCCAUGGCCCCCAAGGGUACCAGCAGUCCUGGUGCUCUUCACCGCCGGGCAAUCUCACUAAAGAAUAUUCCAGUUCCAUUUAGGGAUGUCUUUGACGAAGCAGUAAAAUUAAUCCCAUUAAAUCUGAUCCCUCUGCGUGUGUGCCUUUUUAAUAUUCUGUGGAAUGGAGAUGGAAAGUAUUCUCACUGAGUUGUAGAGUGCUGUGAUUGAACUGAGGAAACGCACUCCUUUGAGUUGUUUGAGCUACACCAGCAGCUUUUGUGUGUGUGGAACACCCAUUUUUACCUGGAAGGGCGACUGACAGCCACACUUAUAGCCAUUUCACCUUGGAUAUUUGGCAGACAUUUCCUUGUCACCCUAAGGGAAACAACUGACAGUAUUUAUGGCAAGCCAUAAAAUCUGAGCUUUCAAGUGAAAAUUAGAAUUUUGAAAAGCUUGUGUUUGCUACUGUGACUUUGGUACGUUCCCAAUACGUAAAGACUUUUUUGAGAUCAGCAGUGAUACUAACAAAAGUGAUUUUUUGAUACCAUAUAAUGAAAUGGGCCACCAUUUGGAAGGUCUCAUAACGUAGUGAACUGUUCAAAGGGCAAGAUGGACCAAUGGAUUUUAAUGUGAAAGAGUACAAAAGGUUCAUUGAUUUUGUUUCAGAUUUCCUAUUGCAACUAACCUUUAAAAAAAUAACACUUGUCGAGUUUUGGUGAAGUAUCAAAGAUGAUGAUUAUCUUAAAAGGCUGUGAAAAUAUUCCUUCCCUUUCCAGUUAUGUGAGGCUGGGUGUUCUUCACUUACUUCAAUCAAGACCGCAUAUCACAACAGAAUGCAGGAGCAGAUCUCUGAAUCCAGCUGUCUUCUAUAAAGCCAGACUUUAAGAGAUAAUUUGCAAAAACAUGUAAAACAGUGCCAUUCUUCUCGUGAAACCUUUUUUGUCUUAGAAAGCAGCUUCUUUUUCCCCACAAAAAUUUACUUCAAGUGAUGAUGAAUUUAUAUUACUGUUAUUUUUAUUUUAUUUAUUUUGUUGUAUUUUUUUAAGAUUUUAUUUUUUAAGGAAUCUCUACAUGCAACGUGGGGCUUGAAGUCAAAACCCUGAGAUCAAGAGUCACAAGUUCCACUGACUGAGCCAGCCAGGCGCCCCCCACCCCAUAUUACUGUUAUUUUUAAAUGAAUCAAUGAAUACGUUUUAAAUUUCUCAAUCUUCAUUUCUAAGUGUGGCAAUACUGAUAGAUGUAACCCACACAACAAAAAUUCUUUGAGGUGCUCCAAUUUUAAGAGUGCAUAAAGGCCAUAAAACUUAAAAACUUUGAGACCUAAUAUGUAUAACCUCUCUAUUCAAAUUUUUAAGGACACCUUGUUAGCCUAGUGUUUUCAAAUUUGGUGAAUCUCUGAUAUAUUUCUCUUUGCAGUUACAGUUUCUCUUUCUCUAUGAUCACAUAAAACAACGCCUGGAUAAAAUGAAAUGCUUUAAAUUACUACUUGCCCUAUGCCAGCAUAUUUACAAUUUAGGAUCUCUGGAGAUCAGUGUUUGCUGAAGUGUGUCUGUAAAACUGUGGUUCUAUCAGAUGCAUGAGGGCAAACAGAUUCAUUAUUCAGAUUAAUUUGGAGGAUUAGUAAGUACCCUGGACUCUAGAUCCCACUUCUAGAGAGCAGCAUAUCCAAGGCGCAAGAAGUCCAGUAAAUUAACCAUUUUAUUUUGUUCACUAAACAGCUGAACAAAUUACACAGCAUCUUUUAUUCCUGUGGCAAGCUCUGGUAUAGAUUUUUUCUUACAGCAAAGAAUAUGCUAUCUGGGUUUGUGUUUACUGUCCUAAGGAGUCCAAGUUGAUGCAGCGAUCUGUGUUUCCAGUAGAUGCUGUUCAUAGACCUGAAGCAACCACUCAGUAUGCUUCAGUGGUGCGUAAAAGAUAGGACUGGGUUGUAUUUCAAAUUGUAUAAUUUAAGAAAUUAAAUGGCUUAUAUUUCUGAAAAAAAGAUUAGUUAGAAGGGAAAUGAAUUGGGUAAACUGUUUUGGUGGAGACUUAAAUCUGUCAAGUACGUAAGCUUGUUACUUUCUAGAACAGCAUCACAGGUGUUUAAAAACACUGUUUUAGGGACGCCUGGAUGGCUCAGUCAGUUGAGUGUCCGACUUCAGCUCAGGUCAUGAUUUCAUGGUUCGUGGGUUAAAGCCCGGUGUCAGGCUCUGGCCUGACAGCUCAGAGCCAGUUUGGGAUUCUGUGUCUCCCUCUUUCUCUGCUUCUGCUCCA